AUAUUUUUUCUACCAGGAUUAUAACUCUGCUUGAUGAAAUUAUUGUAUUGUUAUUUGUGCAGAAGAUACUUUUUUGUAGAUGUGAUACACCAGAGCGCUCCAGUAGUUGGAGGAGACAAAGAACAUUGGCACUUCUGAACGGCGUCAGACUUUGAACAAACUGCUGCAAGUGAUAUGUUAUGUUCCACCUGUAUGCCUGUUUUACCUGGCCUCCUGUGGAUACCGGCAGCAAGUGGGUGACCUGUGAUGUGCUCAUUUAAAAGAUUUCAUCUCUUGUGCACCUCAUGUUUCAUACAGAGCUUUCUCAAGUGAUUAAAGGCAAAUAUUCUGAACAGAACCGAAACCAACAAUGGCCUGUCUUACAAUGACAAACAUGGAAGGUACAGCAACUUCUACUGUCCACCAGAAUGGUGACGUCCUUGGGAAUACCAGUACACCCAAGCAGACUGAACCAUUGCUUCAAGUGUACCUUUAUCAUUCCCCUGGGAAGACUGGAGGAGAUUAUCUGCAAUUUCCAGCUGGAGAAUAUGUUGCAGAGGAGAUUUGUGCUGUUGCUUGUAAAGCCUGCGGUAUCAUGCCGGUGUAUCAUAACAUGUUCGCACUCAUGAGUGAAACGGAGAGAAUUUGGUAUCCCCCAAAUCACAUCUUCCAUGUAGAUGAAGCAACCAGACUCAUUCUACUUUACCGGAUAAGGUUUUAUUUUCCCCACUGGUAUUGCAAUGGCACAAGCAGAGCAUAUCGGUAUGGCAUUCUUCGGGGUGCGGAAAGCCCUGUUCUUGAUGAUAUUGUCAUGUCUUACCUAUUUGCACAGUGGCGAGAUGAUUUUUUGGAUGGAUGGAUACAAAUGCCUGUUACUCAUGAAACACAAGAAGAAUGCCUUGGAAUGGCUGUUCUGGAUAUGAUGAGAGUAGCCAAAGAAAAGGACCAAACGCCGCUGGCUAUUUACAAUUCAGUCAGCUACAAAAUGUUUUUGCCUAAAUGUGUUCGAGCAAAAAUCCAAGACUACCACAUUUUGACACGAAAGAGAAUAAGGUACCGGUUCCGCAAAUUUAUACAACAGUUUGGCCAAUGCAAAGCUACUGCCAGAAACUUGAAACUUAAAUAUCUUAUAAAUCUGGAAACCCUUCAGUCUGCCUUCUAUUCGGAGGUUUUUGAAGUAAAAGAGCCUGGUGGAGAUCCUUCUGGAGAGGAGAGUUUUGCAACCAUUGUAAUAACUGGAAAUGGUGGAAUUCAGUGCUCAAGAGGAAAACUUAAAGGCUGUGAGACACUGGCAGAACAGGAUUUACAAACAUACUGUGAUUUUCCUGAUAUAAUUGAUGUCAGCAUUAAACAAGCAAGCCAGGAAGGUUCCAGUGAGAGAAGAAUUGUCACCAUUCACAAGCAAGACAGCAAGAAUCUGGAGGCUGAAUUUCAGUCAUUAAAAGAAGCUCUCUCCUUUGUAUCAUUGAUUGAUGGAUAUUACAGAUUAACUGCAGAUGCCCACCAUUAUCUCUGUAAAGAAGUAGCACCACCAUCAGUGCUUGAAAAUAUCCAGAGCAACUGCCAUGGGCCAAUUUUCAUGGACUUUGCUAUCAGUAAACUGAAGAAAGCAGGUAAUCAGACUGGCUUCUAUGUUCUUCGAUGCAGUCCUAAAGAUUUUAAAAAAUACUUCCUCACCUUUGCCAUAGAGCGUGAAAAUGCCACUGAUUAUAAGCACUGCCUAAUUACAAAAAAUGAAAAUGGGGAAUAUAAUCUUAGUGGAACCAAAAGAAGUUUCGGUAAUCUUAAGGAUCUGUUGACCUGUUACCAGACAGAAACUGUCCGUUCAGACAGCAUAAUUUUCCAGUUUAUCAAAUGUUGUCCUCCAAAACCAAAAGAUAAAUCAAAUCUUCUAGUUUUCAGAAGCAAUAGUGUUUCUGAUGUGCCUUCGUCACCUACGCUGCAGAGACACAAUAAUGUCAACCAGAUGGUCUUUCACAAAAUCCGGAAUGAAGACUUGAUAUUUGAAGAGAGUCUUGGACAGGGCACAUUUACUAAGAUUUUCAAAGGUAUAAGGAAAGAAGUGGGAGACUAUGGCCAGCUCCAUCAAACUGAAGUUCUUUUAAAGGUCCUGGAUAAAGUGCACAGAAACUACUCUGAGUCCUUCUUUGAAGCAGCAAGUAUGAUGAGCCAGCUUUCUUACAAGCAUUUGGUAUUAAAUUAUGGAGUCUGCGUGUGUGGAGAAGAAAAUAUCCUCGUGCAAGAAUAUGUAAAAUUUGGAUCCCUGGACACAUACUUGAAAAAGAACAAAAAUGCUAUCAAUAUCUUGUGGAAGCUGGAAGUAGCAAAACAACUGGCAUUAGCUAUGCAUUUUCUGGAGGAUAAAGGCCUUGUUCAUGGGAAUGUCUGUGCAAAAAACAUCCUGCUUAUCAGAGAAGAAGACAGGAAGUCUGGAAACCUUCCUUUUAUAAAACUUAGUGAUCCUGGCAUCAGUAUUACAGUUUUGCCGAAAGACAUUCUUCUUGAGAGAAUACCAUGGGUACCACCUGAAUGUAUUGAGAAUCCGAAACAAUUAAGCCUGGCCACAGACAAAUGGAGUUUUGGCACUACUCUAUGGGAAAUCUGCAGUGGAGGAGACAAACCUCUGAGCGCACUGGAUUCUCCGAGAAAACUACAGUUUUAUGAAGAUAGACACCAGCUUCCUGCCCCCAACUGGACAGAACUAGCAAACCUUAUAAACAACUGUAUGGAUUAUGAGCCAGAUUUCAGACCUUCAUUUAGAGCCAUUAUACGUGACUUGAAUAGCUUGUUCACUCCAGAUUACGAGCUAUUGACAGAAAACGAUAUGUUGCCAAAUAUGAGAAUUGGUGCACUUGGAUUUUCUGGAGCAUUUGAAGAUCGGGACCCAACACAAUUUGAAGAAAGACAUCUUAAGUUUUUACAGCAACUUGGCAAGGGAAAUUUUGGCAGUGUUGAGAUGUGCAGGUAUGACCCUCUACAGGACAAUACUGGAGAGGUGGUGGCUGUGAAAAAGCUGCAACAUAGCACAGAGGAGCACCUUAGAGACUUUGAAAGGGAAAUUGAAAUCCUGAAAUCUCUGCAGCAUGAUAACAUUGUUAAAUAUAAAGGAGUAUGCUACAGUGCUGGUCGUAGGAAUCUGAGACUAAUUAUGGAAUAUCUACCGUAUGGAAGCUUACGAGAUUAUCUGCAGAAACACAAAGAGAGACUGGAUCACAAGAAGCUUUUGUUGUAUGCGUCUCAGAUAUGCAAGGGCAUGGAGUAUCUGGGCACAAAAAGAUACGUUCACCGGGAUUUAGCAACCAGAAAUAUCUUAGUGGAGAAUGAGAACAGAGUUAAAAUUGGAGAUUUUGGUUUGACAAAAGUCUUGCCACAAGACAAGGAAUACUAUAAAGUGAAAGAGCCUGGAGAAAGCCCUAUAUUUUGGUAUGCUCCAGAAUCUCUGACAGAGAGCAAAUUUUCUGUGGCCUCAGAUGUGUGGAGUUUUGGGGUGGUCCUAUAUGAACUCUUCACUUACAUUGAAAAGAGUAAAAGCCCACCAGCAGAAUUCAUGCGCAUGAUUGGCAAUGAUAAACAAGGGCAGAUGAUUGUAUUUCAUUUGAUUGAGCUUUUGAAGAACAAUGGACGACUGCCAAGACCAGAUGGAUGUCCUGAUGAGAUUUAUGCUAUCAUGAAAGAAUGCUGGAACAAUAAUGUUACCCAGCGCCCUACCUUUAGGGAUCUUGCUCAGCGAGUGGAUCACAUAAGGGACAACAUGGGUGGAUGAGAAAACUGUCUCUCAUUCAGAGAGGAUAUGCUGGAACACAAAACAAAAUGUAUUUGGUCUGCUGUGUAUAGCUGACAAAUGCACACACGUGCAUCUAUCUUUGCUGGGAGUAAAA